AUGUCCCCGGCAGCGUCGUUCGGCGAGCGAUGGGCCUUAGACAACUUGACAAGGAAAGCCUCACCAGAAGAGCUCCUCACCCUCGAUCUUAUACUCAAUAGCUGUAGUGGAGAUGAGACAGAAGCAUCGAAAAGAGCCAGAAAAUAUUACACAGCUCGAGGGCCUGGUGGACUCACUGAACUUUGGCAUCGGCGGAGACCUGACGAUGAAGAUAUAUUGUCUAGCUGUCAAGAUGUAUACAUAGUACCUCUACGCACCCGCAGCGCUGAAGGUAGACGACUGACAUUUGUCAAACUACCAGCACCUACAGUGCUUAACAAACCACUUAAUCCAAAAGCCUUGUUAGCAAGAUGGCUCAUGAUCCUGGACAUAAGGUUAAGAGAUGAUCCAACUCCAGGUGAUGAAGUAGUGAUGAUAGACGUAUGUGACCUGCAACCCGCGCAUCUCAAAAGCCAGUUCAAAGGGAGUUAUUGGAAAGAUUUUGCUUGGUGUAUGAAGUCGGCGUACCCUCACCGAUUUUCAGAAAUCCAUAUCAUCAAUACACAGAAGCUUAAAACUAUAACCGUCUUACUCUUACACAUGAGUUUUUACCCCUGGCGACGUAUCAUCCGAUCACACGCAGGUGAAGAUGGUAUUAACAAUUUUAUGAACGACUACUUCCCGCCUGAAGGUCUACCUCAUGAAUACGGGGGCAAAGCUGGUGUGAUGAAAGAUCUCAAUGAUGAAUGGACAAAGAAACUUCUACUUAAUUCAAAAUGGCUCCAAAUCGAAGAGCAAAAGUUCUACCAAACGGAAUUGAAACCAGACAAACGUCGUCAGAAUAGAAGUCUUCGAAAUCUUCUUAGUAUAAGUUCUUAUGAUAUAUCUCGGAGUCAGUCCUGCAAAUCGUUGGAUAAUGACCUUGAGGAGGGUCCCUAUGGGGCGUAUAGGAGUCUGACAGUAGAUAAAACUUUUUAUAUAUAG